AUUGUUGGGAUGACGAACCAGCAAAUCGACCAUCUAUGAGCGUAGUUGUCAAACGAUUAAAACAAAUAAUUUCAAAAUCAGAUAUAACAACAGACGAAAACUCUGAUAAGAUAAUUACAAAAAAAAUUCAAGAUAUUGAACCUACAAUAACUACAAAAGAAGUUAUCAGUAAAAGGAAUUUAUCCGUAAAGGAUUUAAGGAUCUUAGUUGAUGAAACG